UGUAGUGGUGGUGUUGUAAAUGCUGUUGCCGCCGCUGCUGACAAUGUGGUGGUUGUUGUUGUUCUUCUGCCUGUUGCUGGCCCCAUGAAUGCGAGUGUAAAGACGCAAAGUGCUUAAGGAAUGGUAAGCCAGACCUGGAUGGCCAGUCUAAGGUGAGCUCUCGAGUAAAACGGUUUGGUUUUCGUCCCCACCAAAUGGUACAACGCACUCAGUCGUCUGUCAGUCAUUCAGCCAGUUAAGUUAGUCAAGAAAUAACGGUCUACUCUGAGUAUAACCAACCGAACAGUUGUGUGGCUAAUUAUGCGUAUUGUUUGACUGGAAGGAAUUCAAUUCGAAGAAAGAAAAAAUAUUCAAAACUUAUAUUAAAUUUGAAAAUCUUUACAAAUUUUUUAUGAAAAUAUAAAAUAAAAGUGUUAUUUUGAGAGAAGAAAGAAGAUAUUGCUAUUGUGUUAAUUGAAAAAUAUAAGUAAAUGAAAAUAGAAAAUCACAAAAUAGAUUAAAAGAUUUAACCAAAAAUACCUAUAGCAAAUUGAAAACAAAUUAACAUCUUGUACAACAACAACUUAGAACCGUUUCCAAAGAAAAUACCUACAAGAAAAGCGCACACACACGCACACAUCACAUCACUAAUCACAAUGGAAUACCGGUGCUCGAGAAGAUUAACAACCCAAAUUUUUGCGUUAUUUUGUAUAAUUGUCUUAAAUGCACACACGACGUACGCCUCGCUGUGGUCAAAUUUUCACAAUGAAAAUCCACAACAGUCACUGCCCAGAUGUAACGGUGCCAAGGGUUUGAAAUAUUUGUCCGGUGACGCCUUAACAGAUUCCAUGGAUUGCAUAGGACCGAAUAAUGCCCCAUAUCCAAGUGCGGCAGUGGCGCGGACAUUUGCCAAUUGGAACGGAAAUACAAGACGUGGUCGCCAAACCAAAUUACCCACAACAUUAGAUCCCUCCAUUACAACCAGUGCUCUGUUGAGGGCAUACAAUGAAGUCAACAAUGAAGAUAUCGAUAGUUACAGAGUUGGACGAUCUGCCAAACAAACCCCACAAGUUGAUCAAUGCAGAAGUACACCGGCCCGUUUGUGUAAAACACGUUACAAUACCACAGCUCCCAUGUACGGUGUCAGUUUGACCUCUGGCCAGCCAGUGACAAUUGUUCAAAAAUUCCCUGACCUAUUGCAACAAGUUGUGUUUGAAGUGUGCGAAUCAUCAGAAUGUGAUGUUGUCAGGGGUGAAUGUACCCAAACAUAUGUGCCUUAUUUGUUCUUGGUUAUACCCUUGGGACCGGUAACGCUUACAGGUCAAGAUUAUGUGUUGGUCGAAAGUGGUUGUGUCUGCAAACCGAAAUACUCGACAGGAGCUGCCCAGGAACCCAAUAUGAUACCAUAGAAUAGAAAUAAAUAGAAUUGCAUAAAAAAGAAGCACAAGUUUUUUUUCAGUUAAUAUUACUCACUACUACCGGCAACAUAAUGCCAUUUUGAGAUGGCCUUCAACCUAGAGUACUAAAUUUGGCGUUCACAAAAGUACCAUAGAAAUGUUAGAUUGCCUUUUCUCUCAAAAUUCGACUAAAGAUAAAUGUCCGCAAAAUGUUGUACUUCCUUGACAACUAAGGAAAUUAUUAUUGUUAUAAUUUCAUAGUUCAUUAAGAAAGUAUAAACAAACUAUUUAAUGAAAUAUUUAUGUAUGUGUAAAUGUUGAAUACAUUAAUAUUUUCUACAUUUAAACAUAGUGUUUAAGUAACGUGUUCUUCAAGCUGUUCCAAAAAUAUAUUUUGGAUACUUAGAUUUUAUUUUCACAUUAAAAAUAUGAAAUCCCCCUUUUCUUUUUUGUUAUAGAAAACUUAUUUAUUUCUUUCAUCAUCGCUAUUUGUUUCCAGUUACGACAUUUUUCAAUAUCCAACGUCUUUCGAAUAUGGAAAAUUCCAUUAUUUUCUAAAUGUCUUCCUUCCAGUGUUGAACAAUGUCGUUUUUGGAAAAGAAAUGUAUGUCCUAUAUAUUAACAUAUUUAUAUAAUUAAAUCAAAAUGAUAUAACAUUUUUAUAAUUUAGUGUUUAGAAACAUUUACAACUAAGUAAAAAUACUACAUAAUUAUAAUUAAUAUCAAAAAACGCAGUGUCGCAUUUAUUUUGUAAAUUCAAUGAAAACAUAAGAUA